AUGAAUACCCAAACCCAACAAUCUUCUUCUAAAAGUUUAACAAAUAAUUGUGCUCAACACCCAACAACAGACAGUACAUGUUUCCCAACCUCAACAAUUCAAACUCCAACAAUUUUUGAAAGUUUUAAUGGGGCUAAUGAUUUGGAUAAAUUAAAAAUUUAUAAAUACAAAAGUGUUUAUGGAGAAACGGUUAAAUGUCAAUUUGUUGCUAAAGAAGUAAAAGAAACUACAAAAAAUGAUAAAAGCCAGCAAGAAUUGUCAAAAUAUGGAAAUGUUAAUAAAAGUGCUUCUCACUCGUUUUUGCCGGGUUUGGGUUGUGCUUUGGUCGGUAAGUUGGUUUUUUAG